AUGUACAUAACUUAUUUCCCCUACACCAGCAGGGAUUCUUUGUGGUGGCAUAAUACCAUACAAAAGCGACACUGGGCUUUGCUGGCUUGGCUGGGCAGUUUUGUUUCUGAGCUGGGUUUGAGUGGGGCCAGGGAGUUUGAGAAGCAUGAGGUUUACCUCACCGUCAGGAGAACCCUCGAGGUUUGUAUCAGGGAGGGUUAG